AUGGGUUGAACUCUCGCAUCGCGUUCUUUUUUUUCUUCAUUCUCGAGCGGAAACUAGAAUGAGCCCGGAGGAAAAGCAGAAGGAAAAAUAACGAUGCCGAUGAGAACAUGCCCCAGCACGGAGACGGUAUCGUGCGUCUUCUCAGACAAUGCUGAACCACUCCGAAGAUCGCGAUCCCACGGAUUUUCGCAUCCCGCGGGCAAGAUAAGCUAACGAAAAAGGUUCUCCCUUUUUUUCUGAAAGUUGUGACACGGUGCCAGUGCAGUGCGGAUUUCCUCUUUUCCCUUUGUUUCGUGUUUUCGUCCGGGUGAUCGCGGUGUUGUUUCGUGCUUCCCAGUUCUUCGCUACCACGAGGAUCGUUUAUAGAAAUUCUAGUAAACCGUCUUUCAAUGAAUAUAAGUAGCUCUUCAACUUUUCACCGUUCGUUUCGUUCUUCGUUUGUGAAAUUUCUUUUUUAAUUUCUAAUCUCGCCGACCGACUAUUCGUCACGUGAAACAGUAAAGAAUAGCCAGUUGUUCGAUCGACCCGAUAAAAAUAAAAACCGACGAAAAUACGCGUCUAUCGGCUUGUUAAACAUUUCUGUCCGACCGGAUCCUCGAAUCGGAACGUCACCGAGUACAAUAAGGAUCGAUAGAAAAUAGAAACGUGUCACGAGAAGCGUAAUAAAGAAUCCGCGUGUAAUCGUAUCAGAUUGAAUAAUAGUCGGCUCAAGGCUACCGAAAAGCGUUGCCCCCGGCCAGCGUCUGGAGGAUAACGAGAAUCGCGCGUAUGUACGAGCGAACGGGAGCGCGAUGCCUGAUGUCUUCGAAGACGUUUCGGAGCCGAGAGAUCGAUUGAUAAAACGCGUUCUGACCGGGCCGUGGACGUGCCGAAAUUGUUCAUCAGUCGCCCGCGGACAGUUUCAUUGAGAAUCCGCCGUGGAGUGACGGCCAGUGACCUCGGUUCCACCGCUUCGUAUCGCAAGGAAUGCUUUCUCCAAAACGUGGCAUCGCAGAACUCGGCGACUCCGUUCGGAAGGUAUUAUCGUCUUCGUACUUUCCGUCGUUCGACCUCUGGUGAAUCGGUUCAAACGAAGAGGAAACAAUAUGUAAAGCAGAAAUGCUCCAGGUGAAAAGCUACUCUCGUUUAUUAAACAGAAGAAGGAGAUAACUCAAAAUGUCCUGCGGAUGAAGUGGAACAGAUUAUGAGGCGAUUUGAUUAACAGGCGAAAAAGAACUGUGAUUGAGGAACUCCUCGAGUUCAUUCAAUUUUCUGAACAUCGAUGAUGCGUGCGACCAGUGUUGCGUCCUUAGGUGCACUGGCGGUUAAAGAUCGCCGAUCGAAUAGGAUCAUGUUUUGAAUUUCACUGUAACAUUGCGUCGAUAUAAAGGAAAUAAAACAAAAAUACAGGACGAAGACAAAUAUCGAGGCGAUAUAAUGAGACGUUAUGAACGAUUGCGGCUAGAAGAGAUUAAAUUUACGAUCGCGAUACGUUCGCCGAAACAGUUUCAACAUUCGUUUUAAGGAAGAACUCCUAGUGACGGAAGAAUUUCUUGUUCGCGUCGUCGGGCGGCUGAUAAAGGGCGUGAAUGUGUGUCGCAUCGCGAGGAGCCCGUCUUACCGGUAAUAAAUUAGUGAACGUCCGGUGCGAAGGUGAGUCGCAAUUCAUGAGUCCACGCGAGACUGUUUCGUUACUGUGUUACGGUUUCGUGUUCCGGCGUCUAAGGUUCCCCGGCCUCGCUACUGAAUUUUUGGUUGCGAUUAAAUUGGAUACGGAGUAACAUAAUAGAAGAAUAAAAGUGUUGUUUCGUAUCGCGUUUUUUUCAAGAAAAUUCAUACUCAAGAAUUGACGUAUAAUCGAAUAAAAGUGAUCAAGUUCACCCAUUAGGAUUCAUAGUUUCUAACAGUGGAGUAAAACGACUGACUGGUUGCUCUCAAGAAAAUUAAUACUCAUAAUCAUUGAUAUAAAUCGAAUAAAAGUGAUCGAGUUCGCCUCCUAGGAUUUACAGUUUCCAGCGGUGCAAAAGACUGAUUGCAGCAGUAAAAUCCACAGAAAAUCGGAAGGAUACACCGCGGUCGGUGAAGACUGGCAUAUUGAACAGUGAUGAACUCGGUACCGGACGCGAAUCGAAUCACGUAGCGAGGCUAAUACGCGAAUGGUGACCGCAGUUGAUACCGAGGUGCGCGUUCGCCGAGAUCGUCAUCGCACUAUUUUUUCUUCGUACAAUGGACGUUUUCAAAAUCGAUCAGUCGCUGAGCGCGGGUCUGGGUAGCGCCCCAGCGCCGGACACUCUUACGCCGGAAGUGUCGUUCGACGCCGGUAGUGAAUUCAAUUUGAGCUUCUUCGACGGCCCGGAGGAAAAUAGUACCCAAGGUUUCAGUGACCCCGGUUCCGUUGGUAGCGCCAGCGCGUCACCUCCGCCAGGAACCCCGGCCACCAUCCCCGUAAAUCCUUCGAGCACCGCGCUGCCGAUCGUUCAAGUACCGCCUGGCAUCGUCAUUAAGCAAG